AUGGCGCUGGUGGUUCUGGGCAAGGAGAGCCUCGAUCACCUCGAGACCUGGGCGAGAGAUUGCUUCAAGGAGGUGCGGGCCUCAGGGUCGACUCGUCCCUCCUCCGAGCCCGACAACGCACCAUCGGCCCCGACUCUAACUCCGGGCGAGGGAGAAACAGUGGCGGAGGCCCUUGCGAAGACGAUGAGGUCGCCGUGGGCCACCCCCCCUGCCAUGACGGUCGACCUAGAGCCGCUGCGAGGAAUGCGACAGCUCAUCAUACAGUGGCCGAUGCCGCCGGUUCGUGACCUGUGGAGGAACUCACCGACGAUGGUUUUGUCGCACCUCCUCGGCCACGAGGGGCCCGGCAGCCUGUACGCGGCGCUGCAGGACCAGGGUCUGGCCAACUCGCUGUCGUCGGGAAUGAGGACGGCACACGAGGACUUCAGCCUAUUCCAGGUUAUCGUUCACCUCACGAAAGAAGGACAAGCGCGGUGGAAAGAGGUGGCCGCUUUGGUACACGCGCACGCGGGCUUGGUGAGGAAGCUCCCCCCGGAGGACGCCAGCCGCGCGUGGCAGGAGUCACGGGACAUGAGGGCCAUCUACCUCCGCUUUCAGCAAAUCGACCCUGCCUUGUUCUCCGCGUUUGCGGACUAUUUACGACCCGAAAACACUUUGACGUGGAGGGUGUGGAAGGGCAGGGGGAGAGGCAGGAUUAAGGGGGGAGUCGACGCGUCAGAGAGCGGCUCAGGGCAGGAGGGAGGGGCGGUGGAAGCGACAGUGAGGGGCGAGGGGGAGCAGCCGCUUCUGGAGGAGCGCUGGUACGGAGUGCCGUACGGGGUGUCUCCGACCCCUGCCAAGCUGCUGCAGGCUUGGAGCAACCCCUCGGAACGCCUCGAGAGCCGUCUCAAGCUCCCGGGGCCCAACGUCUUCAUCCCGGACGACUUCUCCCUCUUCUGCGACACGGAAGGCCAAGACGGUGGUAGCGACAGCAACAGCGGGGCGACAGCGGCGGGGGGGAGGGUAGUACAGGGGGAGGCUAAAGAAGGAGUAAUCAAAGCUCCCGAUUUGUUGGAGACUAGCGACGAGGAUGGUGUUGGGAAGGCGGGCCAGUUGUGGCACAGACUCGACACCUCUUUCCGACAGCCGCGCGCACAGGUGCGGGUGGUCCUUGCGACCCCUGUCAUUUCGGACGCAGGAGCCAAGGGGCGUCAACACGCUCAGAUCAUGGCAGACAUCCUCCACAAGGUCCUCGCGCAGAGAACCUACGACGCGCAGCUGGCGGGUCUGCACUGGGGCGUGUCGCGCCACACGUGCGGGUACGUGCUACAGGUGUCGGGCUUCAGCCAGAAGAUCGACCUCCUGCUGCAGCAGGUGGUAGAGGCGUUUCUCGACCCGGUUGCGGCGGCGGGGGGCCCGGAAGAGUUCGCGAAGCAGUUUCAGCUGGCCAAAGAGCGGGCCCUGAUGCGCACCAAGAGCUGGGUCAUGAGCCGCCCCGACGAGGUUGCUCACUACUACACUGGCUUGGCCUUGAAGCUAUCCGACGACCUCGUCCCCGACCCUGGGCACAUUAAGGCGGCCGAAGCCACCAACCUGGAGGAAUGCCUGUCGCAGCACAAGGAGGCUCUGGCCAAGGUGCUUCCCGUAGGCCUCGUGUACGGAAACACUUCUCAAGACGACGCCAGAAGGAUCUGGAAGACGAUGACGGAAAGGCUGGACGCUGCGGGUUGCCCCCCUCUCCCCGAGGAUGAGUACCCCCGCUCGCUCACAAGGCCUCCUGCCUAGAGGCAAGCGGGUCAACCUCCGGCUGGACGUCCCGAACAGACACGAUGAGAACUCGUCAGCGGUUGCUUACUUCCAGCUUGGAGAGCGCGACGAAAGAAGG